AUGAAACUCUCAGAUGUUUCCUUCAAACCUUACCCUGCCUCGUUCCUAUAUGUAGAAAUUGCUUCUUCCACAGCACAUGUCCUGGAAUUCGGGGUAACAUUCCUAGCUAUCAUAUAUCUCACAGGCGCAGUCUACAGUGCCUACUUCUAUCCUUUGUGCAAGUUUCCAGGCCCGAAGUUUGCAGCCGCAAGUCACCUCCCGAUCUGGUAUCACCGCUUUACUGGCAAUUACAUCCCAUGGAUUACAUCUCUACACGCCCGUUAUGGCAAUGUAGUACGUUAUUCUCCUGACAGGCUCUCAUUUACCUCCGCUUCCGCAUGGAAAGACAUCUACGGACAUAAGACGCGAGAUAAGACCUCCAAUGGGCAAGACCCACGUCUUUAUGGUUCGUACGAAAAUGGCGACGAUGACAUAUCGACUAUAUUAGAUGAUGCGAGACACGGGCAAGUGCGCAAGAUCUUUGCUCAUGCGUUUUCGCAAAAGGCACUCAAGCUGCAGGAGCCGCUGAUCCAAAGUCACGUCGAUAAAUUAAUGAACCGGCUGCGGGCGACAGUGCAGAACAGUUCUAGGGAGAAUUUUGACAUCUGUGAUAUGUACAACCGUACAACUUUCGAUAUCAUAGGUGACUUAUCUUUCGGCGAGUCUCUCGAUACGCUACAAACGAUGCCAAUCUACCUUGGAUCAAUCCUCAGCAUCGUGUCUGUGUAUCCCAAUCUCCAAAAACUACUUGCGUUCUUCACCCCGGGAGCCACAAAACAAGAGGAAGAGGUUCACACCUACACUGCCGAAAUCAUCACGAAGCGUCUUCGAAAAGGACGUGACGCGCCGGAUAUCUGGAACUUCGUGCUGAACAAGGAAAAUCACACACUAAGCCUGAACGAGAUGCAUAAUAAUGCAAGUGCUUUUGUGAUGGCGGGAACUGUCCCUCCAGCGACUCUUCUAAGUGGAUUAACGUAUCUACUUCUUGUGAAUCAGGAGAAGUUAGCAAAGAUAGUGGCCGAGGUCCGUCAGUUAACCGACCAAGAGCAGUUGAACUGCGCCGUUCUAGCGGGGCUUCCGUAUUUAAAUGCAUGCCUUGAAGAAGCGUUACGGGUCUAUCCUCCAGCACCAGAAGGAUUUCCUAGGGUAAUACCGCAAGGAGGGAACUUUGUCUCGGGGAACUAUAUACCGGUGGACACUCGCGUCAGUGUUCCGCAAUGGACGAUAAACCACUCUCCUUCCAAUUUCAGGGACCCAUAUUCGUUCAUUCCCGAACGCUGGCUUCCAAACACAGGUUUCGAAACAGACGUCAAAGAAGCUAUGCAGGCAUGGAGUGUCGGGCCACGGAAUUGCAUCGGUAGACACGUCGCAUAUUCAGAGAUGCGACUUAUAUUCGCCAAUAUCUUAUGGAAUUUUGACUUGAAGCUCAGCGAAAAAAGCCAAAACUGGAUCAAGCAAAAGUCUUGGAUGUUGUGGGAGCGGGGACCAUUGUUUGUUCAAGCCAGCAUGAGGACAAGUUGA